CGUAACCUGUUAUCUCCAUCUUCACGACCUCGGCCCAUAUCCCUAUCCACUUGCUAAUCGUCCUCUCCAUUCACGUUCUCUAGCGUAAUAAACACUCUCUUAACAGUAUGAAUCCCGAGACAGGGACAGGGAUGGCGAACAAGUCGCCCCCUCCUGAUCCGGGUGGAUACGAGGAUGACGACGCUAGAGUUAGAGAACUUCUCCGACUUUGUUACGAAGAUGGCAUCCUCCCCAGGGAUAUUGACCCAGGGGAGAUGGCGGUACAAGGGUGGAAUGUCAGGUUCAAAGUAAAAGACUCUUUUGACAGAAUCAAGGUACAAUGGUUAAAAGAGCGAACGAUCACCGUGAUCUUCAGGGACGCAGCCCGUUUCCUCUCAAGGAACGUGAAGGAGGAUCUCAUCAGAGCUUACGAAGAUGAGAAAGUACAGACAAGCGAGUUUGGCAAAGGUUUUAGCAGAGGGAGAGUUAAGUUGGAAAGCUUAAAUGUUGCCUCGUAUGUCGCAAAGAGCACCACGAUCUUCGCCUGGCUCAUGGAGAAACAGAGCGCGAAAGUGGUACUGGGAGGGGACACGUACAGGAUGGAAUUCAACUUAUGGCUCACUAAGGCGCAGUUGAGGGAGCAACGAAGACUGGAGGACCUUUCGACAUUCUGGGUCAUCACUGUUCAAGUUCCGUUAGAUGCGAUGUUCUAUUUGGAGGCGCACAUAAGACGAGCUAUCGACCCGGUCAUUUUGACGCACCCACCGGAGCGAGACCGCCUGAAACCGACGCUUGUCAAUAUUAAGUUCGAUCUUGAUCCGGGGGCGAGACCCAACAUGAAGGACUCGAUAACGGUGGACACUUUCGAAGAUGACGAAUUGGAGGUCAGGCGUGCGUCUUCGGAUACUCCUCGCUGUGGAAAGUGUCGCGCAUUCUUUCACACUACCGAUGAAUGCAGAAGAGGAGGGCGAUUUCACCAACAACAAGGCGGUGCAGGAGGCCAAGGCGGCAGGGAUGAUGUGGCUCAGGAGGUUUCGUCCAGGCAGAUAUACCAUGGACCGUUAGGAAGAGGAGAAGCAAGUGUUCAACCCGCGACCUCUGUUGUUGGAGGAGGAUUGGCUCAGCCGCCAGACAUUAGCUUUGCAAACAUCUACCAGAAUCUUGCAUUCAUGGCAGUUCCGCAGGCUAUGCAGCCUAACGCAGUUUUAACUCAACUGUUACAAGAGCUGGCGCUUGCACAAGCGGGCAGUUCUGUCCCGCUUGGAUAACCAUUGGGGGACACUCUCGGUGGUUGCAUGGAGCGGAGGGGAUGGAGUGCCGGAGCUUUUCAGCACCGCUUCUCCGGAUCAACCGAUGCCUACCGCGGUAACCAACGUUAUUCAAGCAGCUGUGAGGGAUAAAAUUCUGGUUCGAUU